ACAUGGAUUUAUUCAAACAACAGAGAGUGGAGGAUUUCUAUGAGAUUGGUGAAGAGUUGGGAAGCGGGCAGUUCGCCAUCGUGAAGCAAUGCCGAGAGAAAAGCACGGGUCUGGAAUUCGCCGCCAAGUUCAUCAAGAAGCGGCAGAGCAUGGCGAGCUCUCGAGGCGUGCGGCGGGAGGAGAUAGAGCGGGAGGUGGACAUCCUGCAGCAGACCCAGCACGCCAACAUCGUCACGCUGCACGACGUCUACGAGAACCGCACCGACGUGGUGCUCAUCCUGGAGCUGGUCUCUGGAGGCGAGCUGUUUGACUUCCUGGCGCAGAAGGAGUCUCUGAGCGAGGAAGAGGCCACUCAGUUCAUCAAGCAAAUCCUGGAGGGGGUCAACUACCUCCACGCCAGGAAGAUAGCCCACUUUGAUCUCAAGCCUGAGAACAUUAUGCUGCUGGACAAGAAUGUGCCGUUGCCCAGAAUCAAACUCAUAGAUUUCGGUCUCGCCCACAAGAUUGAAGCCGGCGUUGAGUUCAAGAACAUCUUUGGAACACCUGAGUUUGUAGCUCCAGAGAUUGUGAACUAUGAGCCGCUGGGAUUAGAAGCAGACAUGUGGAGCAUCGGGGUCAUCACCUACAUCCUGCUGAGCGGUGCGUCGCCUUUCCUCGGGGAAACCAAACAGGACACACUGGGGAACAUUUCAGCCAUAAACUAUGAGUUUGACGAGGAGUUCUUCUGUCACACCAGCGAGCCGGCCAAGAAGUUCAUCCGCCAGUUGUUGGAGAAGGAUAAGAAGAAAAGAUUAACUAUUCAAGAUGCUCUUAAUCACCCGUGGAUUAAGUCCAACGAGCACAAGGAGGAGAAUAAAGCCCAGGAGCCGAAGAAACGUGAGCGCCGCCAGCUGAAGACUAAGCGCCUGAGGGAGUACACCAUCAAGUCCCACUCCAGCAUGCCGCCCAACAACACCUACGUGAACUUUGAGCGCUUCGCCCAGGUGGUGGAGGACAUCGACCAGAUGGAGAGCUCCUUCGUGAGUCUUGCGGCAGCCCACGACUCCCUGCAGGAGGACAUCGACGCCAUGGUGUCCAUCUACAACGAGAAGGAGGCCUGGUACAAGGAGGAGAGCGAGGACGUGCGCCACGAGCUCUCGCAGAUCCGCUACGAGUUCCGUAAGGUGGAGGCCUUCAAGAGGAGCCUGCAGGACGACAUGCAGGCCUUCAGCUCGGGCCUCGGCGCCGUCAGCAACCGCUACCGGGAGAGACAGAACCGCUUCGACGCGCUGCGCCUGGAGCUCAGCAACGAGAUGAAGUGGGUGCAGGAGGUGAUGGGUUCUUUCCCCGCGGACGGAGGCGGCGGCGGGUACCCGAGCUCCAGCUUCUCCACCGUCUUCAACGACGACGUGAACGAGGCCCUGAAGGAGCUGCUGAACCGCUCCUGUGGAGGAGAGCUGCUCACCGGGAUCAACCUGGACUUUGAAUCCGGACAGCAGAGAUGAUGGCAAACGCUGUGCAUGUAACACCGUCUGUAGCUUCCAUGAAUUUUGCUUGAUUUUUGUCUUUAUUUGUUGUUGUUCUUUCGUGUUUAUCACUUAUGACAUACGACAGAACACAGUCAUCAACGUUUGAAAAGGAAGCGUGGUGAUUAAGAGAAGCAGACUUUGAGACCGCCCCAGGGAGGAGAGCCCAGAUGGAGGCUAAGCUAACCCAGCUAGGACCUGAGGCUGCUCCACUACCCAGCAUGCUCCUGGCUGUCUGAUGCCCAAAGAAAAAUAAGAUUGAGGUUGUUGACUGUUGAGUCCACAUCUUCACAGAGACCUGGAUCCAUCCUGGUCCAGGAUCAAGUUGCUCUUGACGGUUGAACAGCAGGACAGAGAGCAGGACUCUGUGUUUACAUCAUGGUGCUCGGUGCUCAAACACAGUCAAAGUUGAUGGACAUUGUUUUCUAUAUUAUCUGCCCAGAGAAUUGUUUUUGUUGAUGCUGUUUACAUAACUGAUGAUGGAAAUGUAAACUACACUACAGGAACGUACUACUGUUUAAUUUGUUUUGUUGUUGUGUUACAAACUGAAUUUCAUUAUG